CUCCAAAAGAAAAAACCCACAUCUUCUCUUCUCAAACAAAAUCCCCAUAUCCGUUUUCUGUCACUCUAUUUUUCUCCUCUGAAACUAUUUUGAUGACAAUUCUUCACUUGCCUGCAAUCAAAGUGUUUUGCUUGACAGAGAAGAAGCAUAAAGAUGUUCCAAGCAAACCAUUGAAGUUUGGAGAAUCAAAUUCAAGAAGCGCAACUAACAGAAAAGGUUCUUUUCAACAAGAGCGCAAACCCAAGAAGGUGAGUCUGGAAAUCUCACCUCAUAGAGCUGUGUCUGCAGUGAGGUUAAUGCGGAUAGAGUUUGGUGGUGCUUUUGCUGAUCUUUUAAACGAGAAAGGGAAGGGUUCAGGUGAUAACGAGAUGGGAUAUGUUGAAAGAACACUUGGGUUUUGCACUCGUGAUUUGGAUGAUAGAGAUCUCAGAUUGGUAACAGACAUUGUUGGAGGUACAAUUCGUUGGAGAAAAUAUCUUGAUUAUUUAAUUUUGUCCUUGUGCCAUGAUCCAAACUCGUUUAGUCAUAUGGAGCCUCUGCUAUUACAGAUUCUUCGGAUUGGAUUCUAUGAGAUUGUAAAGCUAGAGGUCCCUUCAUAUGCUGUUGUAGAUGAGAAUGUGCAGCUUGCAAAAAUUGCCCUUAGACCGGGUGCUGGUAACAUGGUGAAUGGGAUUUUAAGGAAGCUUGUUGCACUUAAGGAAAGUAACUCUCUUCCUUCACCUCAACUAGAGGGUGAUGAUCGAGCACAAGCACGUGCUCUUGCUACUAUUUAUUCUCAUCCAGUUUGGAUGGUGAGGCGCUGGACAAAAGACAUGGGACGUGAAGAAGCUAUUAAGCUUAUGAAGUGGAACAACAGCAGUCCCAGUUUUAGUUUAAGGGCUAAUAGAGGAAAAGGUUUUACACGAUCAGAUCUUGUGUCACGACUUGAAACUUUGAAGGUGCCCUAUGAGCUCUCUCCUCACCUGGAUGAUUUUGUUCGUAUCACCACAGGGAUGCAGAGUGUUUUACAAGAUGGACUACUAAAAGAAGGAUUAUGUUCUGUCCAAGAUGAAAGUGCAGGUUUGGUAAUUUCCAUUGUUGAUCCACAACCUGGAGAGACCAUAAUCGACUGUUGUGCUGCUCCGGGAGGGAAAACACUCUUCAUGGCUGCCCAUUUAAAUGGCCAAGGAAUGGUAACUGCAAUUGACAUAAAUAAAGGGCGGUUGAGGAUCCUCAAAGAGACAGCUAAAUUGCAACAACUUGAUGAUGUCAUCACUACUGUGCAUGCUGAUCUUCGUACAUUUCCUGAGAAUAAUCAUGUGAAGUAUGAUAAAGUGUUGUUGGAUGCCCCUUGUUCUGGACUUGGUGUUCUUUCCAAGAGAGCAGACUUACGGUGGAAUAGAAAGUCUGAAGAUAUGGAACAACUUAAAAGUUUGCAAGAUGAACUUCUUGAUGCGGCUUCCAUGUUGGUAAAACCUGGUGGAGUGCUAGUAUACAGCACCUGUUCAAUUGACCCUGAAGAGAAUGAACAGAGGGUGGCUGCAUUUCUUCUCAGGCAUCAGGAAUACAGCAUAGAGUCUUCAGAGAGAUACAUAUCGGCUGAAUUUUUGAGUGAGGAGGGUUACUAUUUCUCUAGCCCUAACACCAGAGAUGAUCUUUAACCACAGAAACCAUGCAGAAUAUUUGACUUUGCAGAUUUAGAGUUGAUGUUCUGAGACAUGCAGAUGGCUACGGGGAUAACAUGAAUGAUGGUUGUGAAAUGAAGAGGCUCAGCAGAUAAUAAAAGCAAUGUAGCAUGCACAUCCUCAACCUACUACUUAGUAUACUUAUGACUUAUGGAACCCAUGGAUGGGUGGUGGGUGGGCAAGGUUUUGUAGAAAGUAGGACCAAAAUACUUUGGUGGACUUUCAGUAUCCACCCAAAGAAAUUUUGUUUCCACUUGAAAUGUUGAGGGUCCACCAAGAAUGGAAAAAUGAUGUCUGGGUUUAUGCUUUGAUAUGGUCUUCGUUGUUGCUAUUAUCAUGGAGAUGUUUUGUUUGGCAAUGUUUGUAACCAAGAUAUUUCUUAAGUUUCAUUUGUGUGUUAUUGACCAGAAACAAUGUAUGCUUUUGAC